CAUAAAUGGAGUGGCCGAAAUCCCUGAUAAUAGAUAUGGACUCGCCUAGUCUCUUAGGCAAGAUGGAGCAAUUAAUCCGGGAAGCCACUAAUCCAAAAGAUGGUACCAUAAGCAAAUAACGAAGAAGAGAUUUCAGAACAAGACUUUUGGCUUGACAACUUGUAUAAAAGUUUAGAGAAUCUUCCUAGAAAAAUCAUUGAUAGGGUUUAUUUCUAUUCAUCUUUCUGAAAUAAGUACACAAGUGAGGUUUUCACUAAGAUAAAAUAAUCACUUCUCUUAUAAGAGCGAAGCUUCACCAGACCCUAGUCCUGGAGGUGAAUCUUCUGCCACUCCUAAGACAAUUCAAAAAGCUCAGAUUGCUCAACCUAUUAGAGCUAUCUACGGAGUCCAAUCUCUCUUUUGAGAACUCGGGAGACUAAUUCAAAGGUCCACUAAAACUGUGAUAUACUCAGAUAACCGUAUGUUCUUUGACAGAAGUUAUCUUCGCUAUAUUGCUGAAACCUCCAAGCAGGAAGGAACACCUCUGGUCUCACAGAGGUUAACAUCUUGCUUGAUUGAAGAUAUUAAUAAAUUUGCCCAAGAAGGGAUCCAGCAAGAGAUCUCUCCUUUAGAGAACUCACAAAAAGUCAGAGAUAAGAAAAAUUAUUUAUUGGACAUGGAAUUACAACCAGAAGAAAGCAAAACACAACCCGAAGAUAUUAAUAAUAUGACAUUUGGAAUGCCAGAGAGAGAUAAUCUAAGCUCUCUAGACGAGGCCUCAACUUGAGAUAUGUCGAUAGCCUCUUCAGAGAAAGCUAAUAUGAUGGAAGAGUUAGGGAUGAAAUUUAUAAAUGAUUCUGACUACAAAGAAUCUCUAAUUGAUCUAUUGACAAAGGUGCCUAAGUAUUUUAAUAAAAAGCCUCAGAGCGAGAGCAUGAAAUACAUUAACGCAUUAGAGAACCUAAUCGGGCAACAUUUAAAUCGAUUCGAAAAAGCUAAGAAAAAGAAGCUUAGUCUCAAAGAUAAAGAGUACUACUUCCUCUAUAUCAGAAAUUUCUUGGUCAGAAAUAAAGUUACUUCUGGCAUUCUGCUCGAGAUAUGGGUUCAAAAUCCUAUAGGAGACUCAGUAGAGAAAAUCAACCAAAGCAAUACAGUCAAAUUUGAUUUUGAUAAGCUAAACAUGAUCAUCAACCAGCUAAAAGAGACUAAGAUAAAAACUACACUGAAGAACUAUAAUUUCAAGGGAGAUAUGAAGCUGUACACUUGCAUCUGUUAUACUAUAAUCAAGGAAUUGCUUGGCAAAGAUUUCAGUAAAUCAGGAAAGCCUGUAACAUCUUUAAAAAAUUUAAUCGAGAAUAUCCACCAUAUAUCUAAGAAUUAUUACAACAGUAAAGCUAUUCCUCCUGAACAGAAGGCUUUGAUAAAAGCUGAUAGGAGAAUCAAAUACAUCAUCGCUGAAAUUUUUAGAGCAAGAGGAAUUUGGCGUGAAGAAAAUAACAAUUUCUUCAUAAAUUCCAGCAAGGUUGAGAGCUUCCUGAACGAAUUUAACAAAUACGAAGCAUCCACUAUUUUGAACAACUUGCUCGAAGAAAUCACCCAAAUUACAUCAUAAACUAGACCUCAAUCUCACCAAAUCAUGCUGUAUGAGAUCUCAAAAUACUGCGAUUCUAUUUAAAAUCAAGCUAAAGCACAGCUUUCACUU